AUGGCGUCCACAGAGGAACCUGUCACCCCCGUUGCUCCUGCGGAGGUGGAGCCGGAGAUCGCGCCCCCUGCCACUCCGGUUGAUUCGACCAUCCUCUCAGGGAGCGAGGAGCCCGUCACGAGCCCGGAUGUCUCCAAGGACAAGGAGAACGUCAAGGCCUCUCCGGUCAAGAAAAGUCCCUCCUCCACGACCAGCACUCGGCGUCCCUUGUCCGGAACGACCACCACGAAGCGUCCCACCUCCAUGUCCGGUCCUUCCAGAACUACCACUUCGACCACACGCCCCGCCGCGACCAACGGCAGCACCCUGAACAAGCCUCCGACCCGGCCCGCAACCACUACGACGGUCCGCAGGCCCCUGAGCACUACCACCACCACCACAGCCGGCCAUCGGUCGCGCGCCUCGGUCAGCAGUUCCGCAGACGAAAAGUCCCACCGGUCGGUAGCCAGCUCGGGAGAUGAGAAACGUGGCAUCUCCAGCACAGCAGCCAAGCGCAUGUCGCUGGUUGGUACCUCGGCCACGAGAGCCCCCGUCAAGCCCACCACGUCCACGCUGGACCGACGUUCCAGCAUUGCGGGCUCGACUACGGCGGAGAAGAGAACAUCUACUACUCGCCCGAGCACGGCCUCCACGGUGCGGCCCUUGACCAAGCCGGCUACCACCACCUCGACUUCCCGUCCGACCACUUCCUCCUCCGCCACCGCCACUCGUACCACCACUAGACCCACGUCGACGGUGACGAGGCCGGCGACGACCGCCUCCAAGAGGUUGAGCACCGCGCCCAAGGGUGCCGAGGAAGACUCGGAGAAGUUGCAGUCGCUUCAGACCAAGCUGGCGGAGAGCGAAGCCACGGUGACCAGCCUCAAGGCGGAUCUGGACGCUGUCAACCUCAAACUGACCGAGCUGUCUCUCGCCCCGAACGAUUCCUCCGAGAAUGUCGAUGAGGCCACCAAGGCGCUCCGGGAACAGCAUACCGCCGAACUUGAACAGCUGACCGCGGUCCAUCAGGAGCAGCUGCAGGCGUUGCGUGCCCAGUUGGAGGAUGUCGAGGCGAAGCACAAGGAGCUGGAGGAGAAGUCCGUCAAGGAGUUGGACGACGCCGCCCAGUCCGCUGCGGCUCAAGGUGAUGACCAGACUGCUGCGGCCCUGGAGGAACUGAAGCAGUCGCACCAAGCCCAACUGGAAGCGCUGGAGAAGGAUCUUGCCGAGCAGAAGGCAGCAGCUGCCGGAUAUGCCGAGCAAGUCGACUCCUUGAAGGCCGAGCUUGAGGUGCAGAAGGGCCAGCUGACCGAGGCUAGUGCCAAUCUGGACAAGACCCUUGCGAAACUGGAAGAUCUCCAGCGCGAGCUCAAUGGACGUGAUCAGGUGGUCGAAAAUCUGCACAUGGAGAUGGACCGGUUGGACCAGGCCAAGCAGCAGGAGAUCCGGGCCGCAGAGGAGGCUGCCAAGCAUGCCAUCUUAGCCCUGGAGGACAAGGUGACAUCGCUCGAAAGCCAGCUUGCCGCUGCGGGUUCUGCGACCAGCGAAGGCAACGAAGAGACGGCCGCUCGCUUGGCCGAGAAAGACCAGGAGAUUGCCGACCUCAAGGACGCGUUGGAGAAGGCGCACGUGGAACUUGAGCAGGGCCGCCAGGACGCGGAAGCCCAGAUCGCAGAGAAGACCAAGGAGCUGGAGGCCGCCCAUGAGGCUGCUGUUGCUCAGCUCAAGGCCGAGCAUGAGGAGGCCCUGGCUACCGCUGUUGAGGGCAAGGUUGGCGACAAGGUCAAGGAGCUUGAAGCGGCUCAUGAGGCUGCAAUUGCAGAACUGAAAGCCAGCCAUGAGCAAGCCCUCGCUGCGGCCGCUGAGAGUGGACUGGGCGACAAGGUUAAGGAGCUGGAAGGUGCCCACGAGGCCGCCAUUGCUCAGCUUAAGGCUGAACAUGAACAGGCACUGACUGCGGCGAUCGAAAGCAAGGUUGGCGAGAAGCAGAAGGAGCUUGAAGCCGCUCACGAGGCCACGAUUGCGGAUCUCAAGGCCAGUCACGAACAAGCACUUUCUGCGGCCGCUGAGAACGGGCUUGGCGACAAGGUCAAGGAACUCGAAGCAUCUCACGAGGCCGCAGUUGCUCAGCUGAAGGCGACUCAUGAGGAGGCGCUGGCUGCUGCUGCGGCAGCUCACGCACAGGAACUUGCCGCUGCCAAGGAGGCCGCUGAGUCCGCUGGAACCUCUCACGCCCAGCAACUCGACGAACUCCGUGCGAAGCUUGAAGAGGCCGAGUCUGCUGCUGCGGAGGACAAGGAGGAGUUGAUCGCCGAGCUGGAUGCCGCCCACCAAGCGGAGAUGCAUGCUCUGCACCAGAGACUGGAGGCUACCGAACAAAACCUCGCGGAGGCCCGCCAAGCUCUGGAAAACGGCAACAGCUCGGCUCAGGACGUUGCCAUCCAGGAGAUCGAGUCGCUGAAGGAGAAGGUCGGUGCGCUGGAGUCCCAGCUCUCCACCGGACAGGGCGAGAUCAAGUCUCUUCAAGACGAGAUCCAGAGCAAGCAAGGGCAGGCGGAGGCGCUGCAGCAGAGCCUGGACGCCUUUGAGGACAAGACCAAGGCCAAGGACGCUGAGCAGGAAAGUCAACUCAGGUCCUUGGAGGAGAAGGCCAAGGAAGCCGCUGUGGUGGCCGAGCAGCAUGCACAGGCGCUCGAAUCCCUGAAGGCUGAGCACGCUGUCGCUCUCGAGAAUGUCAAGACCACUGCCACGGGUUCCCACGAGCAGGCGCUUGGCGAGCUACAGGCCAAGUACGAGGCGUCCAUGUCCACCCUUCGCGACCUGGAGUCGAAGCAUGCUGAGCAUGUUGAGUCUCUUGAGGCCGAGCUCCGGUCCGCCCUUCAGCGCCAUGCCCAGGAGAUUGCGGAGCACACCGAGACCCGUGCUAAGGAAAUCGCCGAACUUCAGCAGCAGCAUGAAGAGGCCAAGGCCCAGUUCCAGGCUGAACUGCAAUCCCUUCAGACGUCUCGGUCCGCUGAAACUGAUGCUGAGCACAGCAAGGCGAUCGAACAGCUCCUUACCAUUCAGGAGGAGAAGCUUUCUGGUCUCCGGGCUGACCUGGAGGCCACCAACCAGGCUAAGAUUGAGGAACUUCAAAAGACUCACGAUGCUGCCCUUGCGGAGGUCCACGCCCAGCUGGCCGAAGCUCACGCCGCCGCUCAAGAUGUUUCGGUCCUUGAGAGUCUGAAGCUGACCAUUGCGGAUCUGGAGAAGAAGCUGAACGAAGCGGAGCAGUCUGCUGCGGAGUCCAAGGAGCUGGCUGGCAAGCACAACGCCGAUCUCUCUUCCAUCCUUACCGAGAAGAACGAGUUGGAGCAGCAACACCAGGCCGUGAGCAGCCGGGUGGCCGAGCUCGAGCAGUCCCUUGCUGCUUCGGAGAGCGCCAAGUCGGAACUGGAAGCUGUUCUGCAACAACUUGCCGCGUCCAAGGACGAAUUGUCGAAUUUGAAGAGCCAGCACGAGACCCUGUCUGGUGAACUCCAGGCGUGCAAGACGGAGAACCGUGCCAUGGAGGAGAAGCUGGAGCAAGGCGAGCGCGAUCUGAACAGCCAGAUUGACAAGAACAUGUCUCUCCUCAACCAGCUGGGCGAGGUGGACUCGUCGAUUGCGGCCAACCGCAAGCGGGUGCGCGAGCUGGAGGCCGAAGUGGCGGCAUUGAAGGCCGAGAAGGAUACGCAGGGCGGAUCGGUCGGACUGGAGGGUAGCCGCUGGGCGGGCGAGAAGGAGGAGGCCGCGGAAGGUGAGGAUCUUGGCUCAUCCAUCCAGGGAACGGUGGGACUGCCCCGUUUAACUUCGUCCUCCACUACAGGACUUCCCCAAUUUCAUCCCUUUACCUGA